UUGUGUCGUAAAAAUAAUGUUUUGGUGAAGCUCUGUGACCACUGGUGUCCUCUACGCUUAACUGCAUUUACCCAGUUUAUACAUUCCCAUAGUUAUAAUUUCUUCUGCGAACCACCACAAUCCGAAGUCAUGGCAGGUACUUUGGCACGUAAAGCUGUUGACCACCUUAAAAGCAAGGAGUUCAGAGACUAUUUGAUGAGCACACACUUCUGGGGACCUGUGGCCAACUGGGGUCUGCCCAUUGCAGCCAUCAGUGACAUGAAGAAAAGCCCCGAGAUUAUCAGUGGCAGAAUGACCUUUGCUUUGACCUGCUACUCCCUCCUGUUUAUGAGGUUUGCAUACAAAGUUCAGCCAAGGAAUUGGCUCCUCUUUGGUUGCCAUCUAACCAAUGAGACCGCCCAGCUCAUUCAAGGUUCACGACUUAUCAAAUACAACAUGGAGAAGAAGUCUUCUUAGUGAUGGACAAAUGCAGAAUAUAUAGUUUCAUUAGGAAAUCGGCAUAGUUUGACCCUAUGGUUUUCGUGUGUAUGACCAUGUUUAUCUCAUUGCAUACCUAUGUAAAACUCUUAACUUAAAAAAUGUUAAUUUAGAUUAAACUGCUGUUGACGAUCACCAUGCCUGUUUCUUCCGGUAUAUAAGGUCAAUGAAUAGAUUUGUUUUGCAUAAUGUUUUUUACGCACAAACUAAUUAAAUGGAAUGGAAUCUAGUGAGGCCCUGUUACAGAUGGUCCAUAACACAAAUAUUUACUGUUUAUGUCCUCAUUUUAAUAAAUGUGUUAGCAAUACCAAUAACACAAUCUUUAUCAGAAUGUACAGGCAAUAAAAGUUGUACUCUGGUGUGUUGCCAUGGAAACAUUAUUCCUGAAUAUAAUGAAUAAACCCUUAUCUAUGUAUCAUGAAUUAAACUUCCUCUUACACUGACCAUAAUUUAUAAUAAACUGUCUGAUAUCCAUGAA